AAACCCUAAAUAGAUACCCCUUCGUCCUCCCCCCCUUGUGCUUUGUUUCUGUCUUCAAAGAGCAGCUCAGCCGGUGAUUCCUAAUUAGCGGUGGAUAAUGAGGAAGCCUUGUUGCGAUAAGCGAGACACCAAUAAAGGGACAUGGUCCAAGCAAGAAGACGAGAAGCUCCUAAAUUACAUUCGAAAAAACGGUGAAGCUGGUUGCUGGCGCACUCUUCCUCGGGCUGCUGGGCUCCUUCGAUGUGGUAAAAGUUGUAAGCUGAGAUGGAUAAACUAUCUAAGGCCUGAUGUUAAAAUAGGAAACUUUGGUGAAGAUGAAGACGACCUUAUUAUCAAGCUUCAUGCACUUUUAGGCAAUCGGUGGUCGUUGAUUGCUGGAAGAUUGCCUGGACGUACCGACAAUGAAGUGAAGAAUUAUUGGAACUCACAUUUACGAAGGAAGCUCAUAAACAUGGGCAUCGAUCCAAAUAAGCAUAGCUUGACCCGCCACAACCGCCCACAUCAUAAUUCCAAUACUAACACCAGUGCAAGUGCAACAUUAAUAUCAUCUGCUUCAAAACUCCCAAAGUCCCAUAAAUGCAUUGCACCGCCCAACAACAAACCCUGGCGCGACAACGAUCAAGUUUCCGAUGCCGCAAGUUGCUUGUUGGAAGAUGAAGAUGAUGAUAAUCUGCCAUGCAGUACUACUCAAUAUCAGCUGCCUGAUCUGAACCUAGAGUUGACUAUCAGUGUUUCAGCUCCUAAUUCCACGGCUAAACUUGAACAACAUGAUCAUCAGAUUCAGGAACCAAACCACAAACAAUGCUCCAACAUAUCAAGUGACCUACACUUCUCCUCAACUCCCACUCUUCUUCUUUUUCACUAGUCAAUUUGCUUCUCCAAGCCCACUUAUUUUACCUCAAAAUAUAAUUACAUAACUAGGUUAAAAUGGAGUUAGGAAGUUGUCAUGUGUUUUUUAUUCCUUUGGUUAGGUUUUAUUUUAUUUAAUAUAAUGUACGAACACAUGCCACAUUCCUAUAACUUUGCGUUUAAUUCCAUGGGAAGUGUUCAUCCAUCUAAAA